AUGGCUUCAACAUUCGAAUCAUCACAACAAUCAAAUUAUGUUGAAGCUCAAGAAAAUAAUCCAAUAACAUCACCAUCAUUGCCAAUAUCAUCUGAUGAUAUUUAUGAGUCAUCGAUUAAUAAUUCCGAAGAGAAAAUCGAAGAACAAGUACCGAUUUCUGAAUCUGAAGAAACUGAUAUCACAACUAAUAAUAUAAACGAUGUUAUACCAGAUACAGAUACAACAAUUAUGAAUUCAACAAAUAUGGUUACUGCUGAAGCAUCAUUUACUGAAGCAACAUCAGCUGAUUUACCAUUAGGAGCAACACGUUCAUCUGUAGCUCGAAUUCUUGUUAAACCUGGACAAAUUUUUCGUGUUCAAGUUGAUAAUGAAGUUAAAGAAGUACAUGGUAAGUUGAUUUGUUUUCAUUAA